GGCGUUUAUAAAAGAACGCCAGCAGAAUUCCACUAAAACUACAGAAUGUUCCAAGACUGAGGAACGGAUCUGAAAAGCUAUCAGUGCUGAAAUCAGCAGAGGGUCUCGUGUUUCUCAUCUUUGUGAUGCUGUCUCUCACACCCAUCUCUUUAUAAAUACUGAAUCUGAAAGACAUCUACAGAAAAGCCAAGAGAAGUGACUCAUCAAGUUAUCACUGAAUCAUCGAGUUUAUGCACGUUUGUCUCAGGAUGAUAAGGUUAGCCCACCUGAUAUGUUUUGCUGGCUUCUUUCUACAAUGUGAAGCUCAGAAUGGUGUCCUAACAUGUCUCAUUAACCCUACCUACAGACCGGCAGAAAACUCUGAUAUCACAGUGACGUGUGGAACCAAUUAUAUGUAUUUAAGAGUUCUGCUAUGUCCAAUGUACUUUGCGGGAUACAAUGAAUCUCUCAUGGCCCUCAAUGCUAAAUUCAACAUCCCGUCCUGCCUCGGAGUCGCAGACUGGACAGCCAAUCCUCCUGUUUUAAAUUUCAAUUUCUCAAUCUCUCAGGAUUCACUGACUCUCUGUGGCAACACUUUGAAUAUCACAAGUCAGUUGGGUUCUGGAGUAUUCUCAGAUUUCUCCCAAAUCCAGUCUGUUAAUAUCUCUGGAUUAAUCAACUCCUGGGAUCCCAGCAUCUCCACUAUCACUUACAGACAACAACUCAUGUACCAGUUUUCUUGCAUGUAUCCACUGCAGUAUGUAGUCAACAACACAGAGCUCAGCGUGUCAGGAGUGAGUGUUGCUAUCAAGGACAACAAUGGUACUUUUAUCAGUACUUUAAGCAUGGGUCUUUUCACUACUGGCAACUACACUACUAAACUGCACAUACCAUCAAAUGGGCUGCAGUUGAAAACUCGGAUAUACGUUCAGGUCAAGGCAACAAAUCUCACGAACAAGUUCAACGUGUUGCUGGACCGCUGCUACGCCACAGUAAGCCCAUAUCCAACCAGCAGCACCUCCUAUGAUCUUUUUAUCGGAUGUACUCGUGAUGUUCAGACAAGGGUUGAAAAGAACGGGGUAUCUCAGGAAGCUCUUUUCUCCUUUGAGGCCUUUCGCUUUGUGGAACAUAAGAACCUGACUGUCUCAACUUUCUACGUGCAUUGUAUUACCCGUCUCUGUGAGAACUCCACUUGCGCCUCCUUGAUUCCGAGAUGCGCGAGAAAGAGAGAAAUACAAGCUCCACUAAACGCCAGCGAAGUGGCCACCGUUUCCUCAGGACAAAUCAAAACCAGAGUUGACAAUGGCCCUGUGACCUCUCAAAACACAUCAGGAUCCAUUCGCCAUGAAAUGACGUUUGUUUGCUUAGCCACUUGCCUGCUCAGCUUCUAUCUGCUAAAUUGGUUGUCUCCAUGGUAACCCACAUCAGGAAGUGGAUGUUCCUUAUACCACACAGCAAGAUGUAAUGACUUCCUUAUGUUUUGAGAAUGUAACAAAAAUGGUAGCGACGUAUUAGCCAUUAAGUUGCUAAUUUCAUGGAAAGUUUUUUCCAAUGUAAUGUGGUAGAAAAGAAAAAUAUUGUUAUAUAAUCUUAUAGACAAAGAAACAUGUUUACAAUGUAGAAGGAUAUGCACAAAAGCAACAUUUGCAGCUAUUCAUUUAAAAGUUUAUGAUGCAUAAUAUUGCAUUUUGGGGAAAAUAGGCAUUAAAACUUGUUAUAUAAAAAUAAAAAAGUUUAAAAUAAUAAAUGUUGUCACAAACCGUCCUUGAACCUGGGAUUUUGUAACAGGUCCAUUUUAUCAACUGCCAGUUGGAUUUGAUUUAUUUAUUAUUGAUCUAAUAAAAUACUGAAGGAUGUCAAAAAACAAUUAUGGGGUAAGGAACUCAAAUUCCUUAAUUUCUGUAUAUUAUUGCAACAAUGCCUUCAAACAAAAGCUUUCAAAGAAACAUAUACCUCCCAAAGCAUGUAGUAUAUAUGUAAUGUGUGAAUAAAUUACAAACAUGACAAUACACAGAAAAAAAAUACAUUAAUGAUAGAGGUGAAACAUCUAUAUUACUGUAUACUUUUAAUAAAAAUAUGAUUUGAAUAAGUUUGUAAUGAAUACUUUUUUAGACUGUCAUUGUAACAUGGAUUACUGAUCUGGCCUGAAACUCAAGCUUUGGAGAAGUAGGUUUACUGUUUUGCCAUUACAGUAUACAGUGGCAAGAAAAAGGAUGUGAACCU